UGUCACUCUUCCUCUCUGUCUUCAGUACACCAGUGUUGACAACAGCAGCGUGAGCUCUCUGGCUCCUUCCACUGGCUCCUACACAUCAUCGCAGCCCUCAGCCCUCCACUCAACCCACAACAGCAGCAACAGUAGCAGCGGCAUCAGCCACCUGGCCAACAUGCCCAACAUGGGCAACAACAUGAGCAGCACAGUUGGUGGUAUCGUUGGCACCAGCGGACUUCACUCUGCUGCCAUCGCCGCCAGCACAGCGCUGGGACUUGGCUCCAAUGGAGCUACUGCCACGUCCAACCUCUCUGCACCGAGGACCACACCCCUGCUCUCCUCCUCCACUGGUAAAGCUCCUCCUAACUUGUCCCAGGGAGUGCCUCCUCUACUGCCCAACCAGUAUAUCAUGGGCCCAGGGGGGCUGCUGCCAGCAUACCCA